AUGUCCAGAGCUCUUUCAUCAACCAACGUCGUUAUAGAUGACAAGGUUGUUUCAGCUACAAUCAUAUUCUCCAUAGAAUCUGGGAAGAUUUUAGAGAUAGUCCAUGAAAUCCUACACAAUGAAGACCCGCUAUUACAGCUUUAUGAUGUGGAUAUCAACAAUUAUAGAAAUGUGUCACCUUUCUUCAUCAUCCCUGGUUUAGUUGACUCUCAUGUUCAUUUGAACGAACCAGGAAGAACUGAAUGGGAAGGAUUUGAAACAGGUACUAAAGCCGCUGCAGCUGGUGGUGUCACUACUGUUAUUGAUAUGCCUUUGAAUGCUAUUCCUCCAACUACAAAUAUCAAAAAUUUCAACAUUAAAUUAGAAGCUGCUAAAGGUCAACUUUGGGUUGAUUCUGGGUUUUGGGGUGGAUUAAUUCCUUCAAAUUUGAAUGAUUUGAUUCCUUUGAUUAAUGCUGGUGUUAGAGGGUUCAAAGGGUUCUUGAUUGACUCAGGUGUUGACGAAUUCCCAGCUAUUGAUUCUCACUAUGUUGAUAAGGCUUUAAAAAUUGUUGAAGGUAAUGACACUCUGAUCAUGUUCCACGCUGAAAUGCAACCGGUUGAUCAUAGCAAUAAUGAAAUUGAAGACUUGGAUAUUGGAUUUAGCCAUUCAAAUAGAGGCUUUGAUUUGACCCCUUCCAAUAGUCUUAGAACAACCAUAUCUGGGAAGAGAUUGCUACCAAGUCACCAACAUGAACAUGAUUAUAUCAAUCAAAACUUGACAGAUGACCAAAUAACCGCCCUAGCUGCCUCUCCAAUAUUAGCACCAGCUGAUCCGAUCACUGGUAUUCCUUCAAAGAUGGUCCAUCAUGAUGAUCAUACCUUAUCACCAUUAUUAGAAGCUUCAAAAACCAAUGAUGAAUUGGCAGAUGUCGAUCCAACUAGUUAUAGAUCCUAUUUGGCUUCAAGACCUGAUAUUUUUGAAGUGGAAGCCAUUAAAACAAUCAUCAACUGUGCAAAGAAAACACCAUCAGUCCCACUACAUAUUGUCCAUUUAGCAACUCAAGAUGCUGUUCCAAUUUUAUUUGAAGCCCAACAACAAGGUCUUAAGAUCACAGCUGAGACUUGUUUCCAUUAUCUAUCACUUUAUGCUGAAAAAAUUCCAAACUGCUCAACUUAUUUCAAAUGUUGUCCACCAAUUCGUACAAAUGAUAAUAGAAUGAAACUAUGGGAAGCUUUAAGAAACGAUAUUAUAACAACUGUUGUAUCUGAUCAUUCUCCAUGUACUCCAGAAUUGAAAAAUUUGGCUAAAGGUGAUUUCUUCUCAGCCUGGGGUGGUAUUGCUUCUGUUGGGUUAGGAUUACCAGUUUUAUACACAGAGGGUUUAAAAUUAUCACCACCUGUUACAUUAGUUGAUAUUGUUAAAUGGACAUCUAAAAACACCGCUAAACAAGUUGGUUUAUCCCAUAAAAAAGGUGAUUUGAAAGUUGGGUAUGAUGCAGAUAUGGUUAUCUUUGAUCCAUUCACCACGCAAACCAUCUCUAAUGCAACAACCUAUUUCAAAAACAAAUUGACCGCAUAUGACGGGUUUGAAUUACAAGGAAGAGUUAUGGAGACUAUUUUGAGAGGAAAUUCAGUGUUUGCUAUUAAUAAAGGUCAUUCCAAAAUUGCAAUGGGUAAACCAAUCCUUGAGAAAAGAACACAAUAUCAACCACAAGCUUUAUGCUAA